GGCCCCCACCCAGCCCCCGCCACCCGCUGCCCCAGGACCUGCGCCUGCUACGUCCCCACCGAACUCCACUGCACCUUCCGCAGCCUCAGGGCCGUGCCCCACAUGCUGGACCCCAAGAUGGAGCGCGUGAACCUGGGGUUCAACCACAUCCGGGUCCUGACGCACGCUUCCUUCCCCGGUCUUGCGAGACUUCAGCUGCUGCUGCUGCACGGAAACGAGAUCGCAGACAUCGCCGAGGGCGCCCUGAGCGACCUGGGCGCACUGCAGGUGCUGAAGCUGAGCUACAACCAGCUUCGGGCACUGCGCACGGGCUCCCUGCGGGGCCUGCGGCGCCUGUCCCGGCUGUACCUGGACCACAACCGGCUGGAGUCGGUGCCCCCGCGGGCACUGCUGGGGCUGGCGUCGCUGCGGCUGCUGCGUCUGGACGGGAACCAGCUGGCGGCGCUGGCGCCCGAGGCGUUGGCCACGCUGCGCGUGCGCGGGGUCCCGGCCUGCACGCUGCGCGUGCUGCACCUGGCUGGGAACCACCUGGCUGCGCUGCCCGCCGGCACCCUGGCCCAGGCACCCGCGCUGCGCGCGCUGCACCUGCAGGGUAACCCCUGGGCCUGCGGUUGCCGUGCGCGCUGGAUGGAGGACCUGGAGGGGCGGGGCCGAGGCGUGCUGCGCUGUGGGAAGGAACAGGCGUGCGCGGCCUGCGCCAGCCCCGCCGCCCGCCACGGCUUGCACCUGCGUCGCCUGCCUCCACGCAUGCGUUGUCGCCCGCCGCGCAUCCUCACCAGCCCGGCAGACGGCGAGGAGCCGCUGGAAGCGGAAGUGGAGGCGGAGGAAGAGGAAGUGGAGGACAGGGAGGAGGUGGGCGAGGUGCGGCUGAGGCUGACAGACGCCCGUGGCCGCGCCGCCGGCCUUACCUGCCGCCUGCGGCGCGCGCCCAGCGUGCGCGACCUCGACGUGCGGCCCGGCCCCGCCCCCGAUGUCCCUGUGCACGUGCGCCUGACGCUCAGCGCCGCCCUCGCCUGCUACGCCGACCCUGCCCACCUCGCACAUGCCCGCCGCCUGCUGGGAGGCGAUGACGACACUGAUGAUGUCGCGCUGAUGCUGCGCUGGGACCCGGAGGCGCCGGGCCACGCCCACGCAGAUAGGGACCCGGGAGAUGGAUCCGGGGAAGGCCACGCCCAACCCUCGGGUGGAGACGCUGAUGGGGAUGAGCUGUAUCAGGACAGGGACCCAGAUGUAGGCCAUGCCCACCGUCAGGGCGGAGACCCGGAUGUGGACCAUAUGUAUCAGGCCGCAGACUCGGAUGUAGGCCAUGCCCACCAUCGAACCAGGAACCCUGAUAUAGGCCAUGUCCACCAGGGAGCCAGAGACCCUGAUGUAGGCCCUGCCCACGCUCAGGACAGAGACCCGGUUGUAGGCCACACCCAUCUGCAGGACAAAUACCCGGAUGUAGGCUAUAUGUAUCAAGCCCAAGACCCGGAUGUAGGCCCCUCCCACCAGCAGGACAGACACCCGGAUGUAGGCCCCGCCUACAAGCAUGCCAGACACCCGGAUGUAGGCCAUGAGUAUGAUCAGGACGUAGGCCCCGCCCACCCUCAGGACAGAGACCCGGAUAUCAAUGACCCAGAUGAGGGCCCCGCCCACCCUGAGGACAGAGACCAGGAUGGAGGCCACGCCCACCCUGAGGCUAGAGACCUGGAUGUCCAUGACAUGGAUGAGGGCCCUGCCCACCCUGAGGACAGAGACCCUGAUGUCAAUGACCCAGAUGAGGGCCCCGCCCACUCUGAGGACAGAGACCCGGAUGUAGGCCCCAGGUAUGACCAGGAUGGAGGCCACGCCCACCCUGAGGCCAGUUUCCCGGAUGUCCAUGACCUGGAUGUGGGCAAGGCCUACCGCCUGGUGCACGGCCCUGGCGCGUCGUCAUCGUCGCCAACGUCACUUCCAGGUGUGGUGGCCCGGCUGUGGGCGCGGCCAGCCUGGCUGCUGCAGCCCGAGCUGACGCUGCGCUGGGCUGGGCUGCGUGGGCCACGCAUGCGUCUGACGUGGACGGCGUGCGUGCGUGGCCCCGAGGACCCGGAGGACGCACCCUGGGUGACCCUCGACCCCCGUGAUGACCCUGAUGACGUGCACGUGGUGACCCCGGGGCAGACGCUGCGGCUGCGCUGUGCGGCGCAGGGCUCGGAAACACCACGCAUGGCCUGGACGCGGCCCGACGGCUCCAUCCUCCGGGGCGAUGAGGAUGGCGGCCAUGAUGGGGGGACAACACUGGAGAUCCACAGGAUGCGCCAGGCCGACGCUGGCUGGUACCGCUGCGAGGCCCGCGUGGGGCGCCGCGGGGAAACCAAGGCACGGCGCGUGGCCUAUGGCGGGGACGGAGCCACGGGGUCCGGGGCCUACGCGGAGGAGGAAGCCAUGGAAUCCGAGGCCUAUGGUGUGAAUGAAGCCACAGGAUCUGAGGCCUACACUGAGGAGAAAGCCAAAGGAUCCAGUGCCUAUGGCUCAGAUGAAGCCAUGAAAUCCGAGGCCUACACUGAGGAAAAAGCCACGAAAUCUGAGACCUAUGGUGAAGAAAAAGCCUACGCUGUGAAUGAAGCCAUAGAAUCCGAGGCCUAUGGUGCAAAUAAAGCCAUAGAAUCCGAGGCCUUCGCUGAGGAAAAAGCCAUAGGAUCUGAGGCCGACACUGAGGAGAAAGCCACAAGCCCCGCAGCCUACACCCUGUCUGAAGCCACGGACCCCGCGGCCUACAUCAGCUUUGAAGCCACAGCCCCCACGGCCUCCGCCCCUUCUGAAGCCACAGCCCCUGCGGCCUACACCCCGUCUGCAGCCCCGGGCCCUGCGGCCUACGGUGGCUUUGAGUCCGCCAUGGCGGGCCGGGCACAGCGCGUGUUCGUGGUGGCGUCUCGGGCGCCAGCGGCCACGGAUCUGGAACUGCCUGCGGGCGUCGCGCUGCGGCUGGGCUGUCGGGCGGAGGCGGAGCCGGCGGCGCGCGUGGGCUGGCUUCUGCCGGGCGGGCGCUGGGCCUGGGCGGGGACGGAGCUGGGGACGGACGGGGUCGGGGUUGGGGCGGACGGGACGCUGACGCUUCCCACGCUGGGCCCACGGCACGCCGGGCGCUAUGUGUGCGUGGCCGCCAACGCGCUGGGGCUGGCGCGCUGGGACGCCGACGUCAGCGUGGGUGGGGCGGCGGGGGGCAAGAUGGCGGGAGACAAGAUGGCGGAAUCAAAGAUGGAAGAAUCCAAGAUGGCGGAAAGCAAGAUGGCCAAAAACAAGAUGGCAGAAUCAAAGACGAAAGGCAACAAGAUGGUGGAAAACAAGAUGGAGGGAAUUAAGAUGGUGGAUUCCAAGAUGGUGGACACCAAGAUGGUGGAAUCCAAAAUGGAGGGAAGCAAGAUGGCCGAAAACAUGACGGAAUCUAACAUGCCCGACGCCAACAUGGCGGAUUCCAAGAUGGCCAAAAACAAGAUGGUGGACACCAAGAUGGAGGGAACCAAGAUGGCGGAAUCCAAGAUGGAAGGAAACAAAAUGGCGGAAGCCAAGAUUGCAGAAUCCAAGAUGGAGGGAACUAAGAUGGCGGAAGCCAAGAUGGACGAAACGAAGAUGGCAGAUGCCAAGAUGGCGGAAUCAAACAUGGGGAGAAACAAGAUGGAGGAAUCCAAGAUGGAGGGAACCAAGAUGGCCGAAAACAUGGUGGAAUCCAACAUGGCCGACACCAACAUGGCGGAUUCCAAGAUGGUGGACGCCAAGAUGGCGGAAUCCAAAAUGGAGGGAAACAAGAUCAGGGAAAGCAACAUGGCAGAAUCCAAGAUGGAAGGAAUCAAGAUGGCGGAAAACAAGAUGGAAGGAAUAAAGAUGGCCGAAAACAAGGUGGUGGAAUCAAAGAUGGAGGGAACCAACAUGGCGGAAUCCAAGAUGGAGGAAUCCAAGAUGGAGGGAAUUAAGAUGGCAGAUUCCAAGAUGGUGGAGGCCAAGAUGGCUGAUUCAAAAAUGGCGGAUUCCAAGAUGGCGGGUGCCGCUGCGGAAGCGGCUGCAGGGGCGACGCGCGGUGCUGACGUCAUUGUUGGUGUGCCAAGCUUGGGCCCGGGCACCGGGGAAGCAUGGCUGUGGCGUCGGCGUCCUGCGGGCGGCCCCGGGCGCGGGCAGCAGCGGCGUCCGCCGCCUCCUCAUCUCCCUCCCAUCCCGCGUGCUGCCCCCGCCGGCCGCGGGUUCGAGCCCGCCUUGCCACGCCGCCCGCGCCCACCAGUGGCUGCCGAGCACAUCCAGCCCGAGCACUGGGCGCGCAUCCUGGCGCAUGUUCGCGGCCGCGCCACAGGCGACUUCCGGGCCCCGCCCGCCCUGCUUCCGGUCUCCACGGAGACCUCCCCGCUUCCGGCGUCCACACUUCCGGUUUCGACACAAAUAUCCCCACUUCCGGUCUCUGUGUCUUCCGCCGACCCACUUCUGGUCUCCACUCGGACCUCACCACUUCCGGUCUCCACUCAGACCACCCCACUUCUGGUCUCCACACUGCCGGUUUCCACUCGAACAUCACCACUUCCUGUCUUCACUACUUCCGCCUACCCACUUCCGCUCUCCCCACGGACCUCCCCACUUCCAGUCUCCACUCGGACCCCCGCACUUCCUGCUUCCACACUUCCAGUUUCCACUCGAAAAUUCCUACUUCCGGUCUCCACUGGGACCACCCCACUUCCGGCUUCCACACUUCCGGUUUUGUCUCGAACAUCCCCACUUCUGGGCUCCACUCGCAGAUCUACACUUCCGGUCUCCACGCGGAGAUCCCCACUUCCGGUCUCCAUUCGGACCACCCCACUUCCUGUUUCCCCACUUCCGGUUUCCACUCAGAAAUCCCCACUUCCGGCCUCCACUACUUCGGCCUACCCACUUCCGUUUUCGACUGAGAGAUCCCCACUUCCGACUUCCACACCUCCGGUUUCCCCACAGACCUCCCCACUUCCGGUCUCCAGUCAGACCACCCCACUUCCGGUUACCACUCGGAGAUCCCCACUUCUGACUUCCACACUUCCGGUCUCCCCAUGGACCUCUCCACUUCCGGUUUCGACACGGACAUCCCCACUUCCGGCCUCCACCCCUCGAGCAUCCACUGCUCCGACCUCUGCACUUCCGUCCUCCUCACUUCCGGCCUCCUUACUUCCGGCUCCCAGGAGGCCUGGCGGCGGCCGCAGGCAGGGGCGACAGCACAAAGCUCACCGCGCCCGGCCGGGCCCCACGGUGAACCCCCGUGACCCCGUGGUCACGACCCUGCAUGGCCGUGCCCCGGAUGUCCUCCCUUCCCAUCCUGCGGCUUCCCCCGAUGGUGACCCGGGGACCUUUGACCCGCGACCCCCGGCCCCGCCCGCCGUGACCCCGCCCCGUGGCGUCUGGAACGAGCUGGACACGGGCGUGGAGCUGACCCCGGCGGCGCCCGACACGCGUGGAACGGACACGAGUGGAUCUGACUCUGGCACGAUGGACACGCUUGGAAAUGUCACGCGUGGAUCUGAAACUCACACGAUGGUCACACGUGUAAAUAUCACUCGUGAAAGGGACACGAUCACAUCCCUUCCACACUCACCUGAUACACAUGAAGCGCGCAUGCGUGGCUCUGACACACGUGGAAAUGUCAUGCACGCCUCCCCCGCUCCCCCCGUGCUGCGCGAGGCGCCCACGGAGUUCGUGUCGGCCCACGCGGGCCUCACCCUGCACCUGCCCUGCACAGCCCAGGCCUGGCCCCCUGUGGCCCUGCACUGGCGUCUGCCUGACGGGACCCACGCGAGACCCGUGCAUGCGCACACGCACCCUCGACUCAGUGACGUCUACGUCCUCCCCAAUGGCACGCUGGUGCUGCGCCGCCUGCAGGCCCCGCGCCAUGCCGGUGAGUACGAGUGCGUGGCCGCCAACGCGCUGAGCAGCGCGAGACGCACUGUGCACGUCGAAGUCACGCCCGCGCCCGCGCGUCUCCCCCCCAGCGUCCGACCCCGAGGCCCGCUCGCCACGCGCGUGCCCCACGGCGCUGACCUCACGCUGCACUGCCACGCGCGCGGGGAUCCCGCCCCACGCGUGUUCUGGAGGCUGCCAGACGGGCACCUGGUGGAUGCUGGGAGCAGCUCUGACAUCCGGGUCCGCGCCUUUUCCAACGGCACGCUCUCCGUGCGUCCGGUGACGUCACGUGAUGCGGGGGAGUACGUGUGCGUGGCGCGCAACGCGGCGGGCGACGCGCAUGCACGGCUGCGCGUGGAGUUGAUGGCUGGGCCAGGUGCCUCCUAUCUGCAACCCGGGCUUCCCGUGACCCCCGUGACCCCCGUGACCCAGGACGCCGACCCCAGGGAGGACUGCACUGCCUACCACCGCCUCCAGGUCCCAUCCGGUGUCCUGGGAGACCCGGAUGUUCGGGUCGCGAGGCCUGAUGGGAGUGUGGGGAACUGGGACCUGGGGCCUGGGUUAGACCUCGGAUGUGUGACCACAGCUGGGGGGGCGGGGCCUGGGGCGGGUUCUUCCUCUUCCUCUCAGUCACUUCCCUCUCCGUCCCCUACGGCGCCCCAGUGA